AUGGCUAAGGAUAAAUCCACCCCAUCUGAAGAUAACUAUGAAUCAAGACUUCCUGCGGUUCUGCCAUUUGCUAAACCACUGGCGUCCAAGAAAUUAAACAAGAAGGUCCUUAAGACAGUCAAGAAAGCUUCAAAGGCUAAGAAUGUUAAGAGAGGUGUCAAAGAAGUUGUUAAAGCUUUAAGAAAGGGUGAGAAAGGUCUUGUUGUUAUUGCCGGUGAUAUUUCUCCAGCUGACGUUAUUUCGCACCUACCAGUGUUAUGUGAGGACCAAUCUGUUCCGUACGUUUUUGUUCCAUCCAAGCAAGACUUGGGUUCUGCUGGUGCAACAAAGAGACCUACUUCCGUCGUUUUCAUUGUUCCAGGUUCUAGUAAGAAGAAGGAUACCAAGGGUAAGCAGGAGGAAUAUAGAGCAGCUUAUGAUGAAGUUGUCAAUGAGGUGAAGGCCUUGUAA